AUGGGGUCAUUAAGAACUUUUAUUAAGGACGUUAGGGCAGCGAAGACGUUGGCGGAGGAAAGAUCUAUGAUUACCAAAGAAUCGGCUAAGAUUAGGACAAGACUGAAAGAUGACCAUCUGUCGCUUUCGAAGAGGCGGAAGAAUAUCCAGAAGUUAUUGUAUUUGUAUAUCUUGGGGGAGAAGACGCAUUUUGCGCAGGUGGAGUGCAUUAAUCUUAUUGCAUCGGACGAGUUUGAGAACAAGAGAUUAGGGUACCUGGCAGCGAUGUUGCUUUUGGAUGAAAAGCAGGAAUUACUGACUUUGUUGACGAACAUAUUGAAAAGCGAUAUCAACCACCCGACGAAGUAUGUCGUUUCGAUGGUGUUAUGUACAUUGGGCACUCUUACUUCGGUUGAACUGGCUCGGGACUUAUAUCCUGACGUGGAACAAAUCUUAAAGUUUAGUAAGGACCGCUAUUUAUUGAAGAAAGCGUUCCAGUGUGCAGCAAAGAUUGUGAUCAAAGACCCCUAUUUGGCCAGUGUUUUUCAUCCAUAUACAGUGAAAAUCUUCUCAAUGCCGGAUGUUUGCACACACGGUGUUCUGUUAGGUGUGAACCAACUGUUGCAAUCCAUGGCUACUGUUGUAAAGUCAAAUGAAUUCAACGACUACGAUGCGGUUGCUUCGACCAUAUUAAAAGUGGUCCCUGAAUUAUUAGGUAUUUUGAAACAAACAAACUCUUCUACGCUCAACACUGCAUAUGAUGUUCAUGGAGUAUGCGACCCCUUUCUUCAAGUUGAAACGUUAUACACUCUUCGUUUGAUAUUCCUUACUUUUAAAGAUGAAGUUAGCAGCUAUAAUAGCAAGUUCACUUCAAUAUUGGGCAAAAUGGUUACAAAUGUUGAAUCUUCUAAGAACAGUGCCAAUGCAAUUUUAUAUGAGAUUGUUCGAACAGUUUUCACCCUCGAGUCUCAAGACUCUCUAAGGGUUCAGAGUAUCAACAUCCUAGCUAAGUUUUUAUCCGGGAAGGAUAUAAACACCAAGUAUGUUGCAUUGAACUCUUUGCUACAGGUUGUAUCUCUUGAACCGCAAGCUGUACAGACCCAUAGAAAGUUUAUUUCUCGGUGUUUGUUUGAUCCUGAUAUUUCGAUCCAGAAGAGAGCCCUGGAAUUGAUUUUCAACAUAAUUGAAGACUCUAAUAUGAAGGAAACAGUUGAUGAGCUGGUAAAUUUUAUCACUUUAAGCGACGGAGAAGAGCGUGAUCUUAUUUUAUACACUGUGGAGCACUUACUCACUAUGUUUGAUAUCCGUGGCAUCAAAUCUAAAGGGUGGACGUUGGCUGUUGUAAUUCGAAUCCUAAAAAGCAUGGGCGAGCAUUUGACAGUUGAAAUUAUCGGCGAAAUUUUAGUCAUGAUCAAUAAUGCUACUGAGCUAUCCGACAAAAGAGAUAUUGCACUUCAAUUGUUACAACUAUCUUUAUCAAAGGAUCAGCCUAUCAUUUCAGAAGACAAUUUUGGUUGGAAAUUGAUCACAGUUUGGAUUAUUGGCGAAUACGCCAAUCUAGUGCUAGGUGAACCUGGUGUAACGGAUAUAUCUUUAACAGGAUAUUUGAACAACUUAAACAAUAUCUACUCCGAUGAUCACAAGCUCAUUGGUUACAUAUUGACAGCGGCUUUAAAGUUAUCAUCCAGAAUCAGCGAUCCUGGCUGCAUAGAGAAACUAAGACAAUUGGUAAAGGCUCAUGAGCAGAACACUGACUUGGUUAUUCAAACUAAGGCUGUCCACUACAGCAUUCUUUUCAGCCAACCUAAGGAGAUUAAAACAGCUUUUCUUGAGGCUAUGCCAGUCUUCAUUAAAAAUGUCGCCCACGAACUCGACAGUGGAGAGAAAGCUAUUUCAAGAAAGCCUGUUCAAACAGAUUUAUUGGGAGAUUUACUAAGUGAUAUACCAUCGGAAAAAAAGCCUGUUGCGUCAAUCUCAAAUAAACCUGGUGGUGGUUCGCUUGACUUACUGCUCCAUUCAUUCACAAAUAAAAACCCGAGCCUUGGAGCGUCAGCGCCCCUAACCACAACAACGACAUCCUCAACUUCCGACCAGCCAGUAACUAUCCCUAAUAUCCAGAUAUCGGAAAACAUCCCUUCGUCAGCAUUAGAAAUUCAUACUUCUUCUGCCAUUCAAGUCUUUAGUCAUGUCGAAUCUGCGAAUCAGGGUAGUGCAAAUAUACGGCUAUUCUUUAAGGCAAAAUCUAGCGUAACUCAGCUAGCUGUACUUGUGGCGGUAUCUAAAACGCAGAAACUAAAUUUAGGUACCAUCAGCAGAGUUAAUAUGAUACCGGGCCAGGUGGCCACACAAUUGCUGACCAUUACUGGGUCUGGAAUACUGAAGUUUCGCAUUAAGCUAAGUUCACAGAAUGGUAUUAAUCUACAGUUUGACCAUAAAUUCGAUACAACACUCUAA